UGCAGCUGGGGCAGGCCAGGGGGGUAUGCGCUCUUCCCACACGGAGGGACACGGACGCGUCCGAGCCCGAGAGGUUCGCAUUCGCAUUCGACGGACUGUGUGCCUGUGGCCGAGUCGGCGGCUGCGACGGGCAGCCUGCGACUCCAGCUGCACGGCUUCGCUCCCCGUCCCCGGUUCAUCCCUGCGCUUUUUUUCGCCCCAAAGUUCGCGCGCAAACCCACCAUCUCGGUUCUCCAUGAGGCGCCCGCGCGGGCAUAUGAUUCUGCACUCAUGAUCUCGACAGCCUCAGUACAUCGACUCCUGCUCGUCCGCCUGCCAUUCAACAAUGUAUCACUGCGCGCACCAGCCAUUGGCACCUUGCUGAUAGUGAAGAGCAAGAAGCUGAUGUUCAACUAUCCGAACACAUAUUUCACGCUGUUCCCGCUCGAGUACGAAAAACACCCGGGCCCGCAACCCCAGCAAUUCCGUCCGCGGCCCGUGCCGGGCGUGUCGAAGAAGGGCAGGGGUCGCCACGUCCCUACCAAGGAGGCGGGCGGGCGGAAGGGCACGACGUACACAUGCUCCGUGGAGGACUGCCACAAGGUCUUCAAGCGGCACGAGCAUCUGAAGCGCCAUGUCAUGUCUCUGCACUCGAACGAGCAAAACUACAUGUGUGCCCUGCCUUUCUGUGACAAGACGUUCAAUCGCCGUGAUAAUCUGCUGCAGCACGAGAGGAAGCACACGCUGUACCAGCGUCUCUUCGACUGCACCAAGAACUUCGAUGGCGAGCUGAUUCGCAAUGAGUGGGAAGACAUAAAAAACCCUGAUGCCAUAUACGAAUGGCCUGAGCCCUGGGACUCCGGCGUAGGGAUCCCACUGUCUUUGCGCUAUCUGAAUCUUACCGCCAGAGAUGUGGGUGACAUGGAUGAGGACAAUGUGGCCGACGACGAUUCAACUAUGGCGGACGUGGGGGAUCACCCAGACUAUACCGUGCAUUUCGUGAGGUAUGAAGAACCGCUGCAGCCUGGUUCCCCUGUUCUUGUUCGCAGUGACCCCUUCGCGCCCUCCGACAACAUGUUUACCGUCUUCAAUGUCUCCGCCAUUCAUCCCGACGAUCCGAGUGCUUCCUGGGACGACCAAACCAUUGCUAACCAUGAACUUGAUGUGCCCCUCUUUGACCUGCCUUCUCCUUCUAAUGAUAUAAAAGUUAUUCCUGCGGAUACCGUUACGGUAUAA